AUGCCGGCACUUCUGUGGCACACUCAGGUGCAGCGGGACCAUGCCGCCACUUCUGUGGCACACUCAGCGGGGGGCGAUGGCGAUGAUUCGCUGUACCCGAUCGCGGUGUUAAUCGAUGAGCUCCGCAAUGAGGACGUGCAGCUCCGUCUCAACAGUAUUAAGAAGUUAUCAACGAUCGCUCUUGCACUUGGAGUAGAAAGAACUAGAACUGAGCUGCUACCAUUCCUUACUGACACCAUCUACGAUGAAGAUGAGGUACUGCUAGCUCUGGCUGAGCAGCUGGGAAACUUCACUGGCCUUGUGGGAGGUCCUGACUUUGCCCACUGUCUGCUGCCUCCUCUGGAAAGUCUGGCAACUGUGGAAGAGACGGUGGUUCGUGACAGGGCUGUGGAGUCGCUGCGGCAGAUCUCCCAGGAACACACUCCCGUUGCUCUGGAAGCUCAUUUUGUGCCCCUGGUGAAACGCCUCGCCAGCGGGGAUUGGUUCACGUCUCGCACAUCUGCCUGUGGCUUGUUCAGCGUUUGCUACCCCAGGGCCUCCAAUGCUGUCAAGGCAGAAAUCAGACAGCACUUCCGUUCUCUGUGCUCAGAUGACACACCUAUGGUUCGACGUGCUGCUGCUUCCAAGUUGGGUGAAUUUGCAAAAGUUUUGGAAUUAGAAAGUGUGAAAAGUGAGAUUGUCCCAUUGUUCACCAAUCUAGCAUCAGAUGAACAGGAUUCGGUGCGCCUGCUAGCCGUGGAGGCUUGUGUCAGUAUUGCCCAGAUACUGACGCAGGAUGACCUUGAGACUUUGGUGAUGCCUACACUGAGACAGGCAGUGGAAGACAAGUCUUGGCGAGUCCGCUACAUGGUAGCUGACAAAUUCUCAGAGCUCCAGAAAGCUGUGGGUCCUAAAAUCACCCUGAAUGACCUCAUCCCCGCCUUUCAGAACCUCCUUAAAGACUGUGAAGCUGAAGUCCGAGCAGCUGCUGCCCACAAAGUGAAAGAACUUUGUGAGAACUUACCCAAUGAAGGUAGAGAAACCAUAAUUAUGAGUCAAAUUCUUCCCUAUAUAAAGGAAUUAGUUUCUGAUACAAAUCAACAUGUCAAAUCAGCUCUAGCUUCUGUAAUUAUGGGAUUGUCUACCAUUUUGGGCAAAGAAAAUACCAUUGAGCAUCUGCUACCUCUGUUUCUGGCUCAGCUGAAGGAUGAGUGUCCUGAAGUCCGUUUGAAUAUCAUAUCCAAUUUGGAUUGCGUCAAUGAAGUGAUUGGAAUCCGGCAGCUCUCCCAGUCUCUCCUUCCUGCCAUAGUGGAGCUGGCCGAAGAUGCCAAGUGGAGGGUCCGGUUGGCCAUCAUUGAGUAUAUGCCGCUGCUGGCAGGCCAGCUGGGUGUGGAAUUCUUUGAUGAAAAGCUGAAUUCUUUGUGCAUGGCCUGGCUUGUGGACCACGUGUACGCUAUCCGAGAAGCUGCCACCAGCAACCUCAUGAAGCUAGUGCAGAAGUUUGGUACCGAGUGGGCCCAAAAUACCAUUGUUCCCAAAGUGUUGGUAAUGGCCAAUGAUCCUAACUACUUGCAUAGAAUGACCACUUUAUUCUGCAUUAAUGCGCUGUCGGAAGCCUGUGGUCAGGAAAUAACCACGAAGCAAAUGCUGCCCAUCGUCUUAAAGAUGGCGGGAGACCAAGUAGCUAAUGUUCGUUUCAAUGUAGCCAAGUCUCUACAGAAAAUUGGACCAAUUUUAGAUACCGAUGCCUUGCAGGGGGAAGUUAGGCCCGUACUGCAGAGGCUCGGCCAAGAUGAAGACAUGGAUGUGAAAUACUUUGCACAGGAAGCUAUAAGUGUUCUUGCAUUGGCCUAAGGAGGAACAGGAGGGCAAAGACUUUACUAAACUGCUAUCCCAGAUCUCUAGUCACUGUGUUCUUCCGCUGGGUGGAACAAGAAUGGAAAUCCGUCAAGAUCCCCUCCAAGCAAACGGCAGCAACUUCACAAGAAUCAAACUGCAGUGACUUGAUUCUCUCUAAAGAUGAAAGGGGGUGGUUUUUUACUCGUCUUCCUUGUUGGGAUAACUAUUUCGGCCGUUCUUAAGGUUUCUGACCUGUCCCUGCCUUUCGGUCCAGUCAUCUCUUACCUGUCUCCUAAUGAACGUGUGACUUGGCUCCUGCUUCUGUCCCGUAUAUCAGGCCCCGCCCACCUGAGUCCGACAGGAGCCUAGGUAGGUUUGGACCAGACCUGGAGUGGAGUGUUGAAUGUUUACUUCUGUGUGUGUCUCCACCAUUCCAGCAUUGGAUACACGUGGUUCUGAACAACCUCUUUGUAUAAACUCUCCAUUUGGGAGACAUGUCACGAGUUGACUGUCACGAAAGCCACGUUUCCUGGAUCAUAGGGGGGUGCUUCAGUGUGGGAUGGGGACGCUCAGGGUUCAUGGAUUGGUUGGCUUGGGCUUUAUUUGUACUAUUGUGACUGUAAUCAUGUCAUUCAGAGACCUGAAGUGUGGGCGCAUGGCAUCUCACUGCGAACGGGUGCUGGUGGCAAGUUGAAGCUGACUGGCUCUCAGGGCUUACCGCUGGCUGCAUCCAGACCACUCCUCUCACUCCGGCUGGUGCCGCCCGGUGCCCAGUGGUGCUGCAGUCUCCUUGUGAGAGAGAGCUCAGCUGGCUUCCUGAUGCCUGCAGGAGGCGAACCCCAGGAAGAUACCGGCUAGUCCUGCCCUUCGACUUCCCCUGGCCUGGUGCCAUCCUCUCCCUGCCGCUGCUCCGCACGCAGCUUUCCAAAGGGAAGCUUCAUUGCUGGUGGUCUUGAUAGGGCUGACGUUAUGAAGCCCCAUCAUUUGAAAUGUUUAUUUUUGUUUCCACAAUAAAACCUUAUUCUUUCUCCCUGGAAUUUAAGAUAAUGGGUUAAACCGAAGCAAAUUAAUCACAUGUCAGGAUGCCUACUUUCAAGUUCUCUCUCAAAAACACCCAUUUCGCUAGAUGGUGUUCCAGCCAGUCCUUUCAGUUUACUGAAGUGCCUUCCAGGGGUCUUAAUGAAGCCACGCCUCCCCCCAAUCUUCUUUCAGCUGCGUCCAGUUUAUUCCUUAUCGUUGAGCAUUUCUUUUAAGUUUGUUUACAUGUUUAACCUAAUUAAACCCGCCUUGUUCCAAGCAAGUUUUCAUUAAUGAGCAUUUACUGUGGCUUAUAUUUCUCAGUGCAGUUUGCUGGUUUCCUUUUGGGGUUUUGAAUUGUUUAAUCCCUCAUGAACCUCUCAGCACCAACGGACCCUGCUCUGUUUUUGAAAGCCCAGAGACUCCUAUAAAACUAUAUUAAACAACUAUAUAAAACAAUUUGGCUUAAGUAUUUUCCAAUUUGUUUCAUCUUAGGAAAACAAUAUUUAAGAUAGAAAAGAUCAGCUUACCUUUAAAAUUGCCACCUUAUCUUGUAAAAAGACAGUUCGAUUUUACUACUACUGGGGUCCAGGAUUAAAUAUUUUUCUAAGAAAAAGCCUUUUCUACUUUAUUUUAAUAUCUUAAACUAGUGUGCUGUAAACACGUCAGUUUUAGAUUCCUGGUUUUGUUUGACCUACAAGUUCUGUUCCCCUUUGCUAAAUUUCCUAUGUGAGGGAUUGUUGUCUUACACCUGGAAACAAUUUGCGCAGCCGUUUCGUGACUGUGACAACUGGCAAUGCCCUUGGUUUGGGGACAAACUGGUAAACUUCCUCUGUCUCCCUCUGGGAGCCCGGGUGCAAUUGUGUCUGGUGUUGGCCCUGAGACUGAAGGACAGCCAGUGAGCCAUCUUUCUGGUGACCCCUUGGCGACUGCAUCGUUAAGAGGGAGCCCCUCCUGUUACACUUCCCGUAAAUUGUUGUUUGCCUCAGCAUGUGGCCAUAACCUCCUUGGGUUAGUUUUCUUAUUUCACUGGCAUGGAAGCUCCAGCUGCUCUUGAAGGGAAAGGGUUUUUGUCUGGUUUGCCUUCUGCUCUGUCACCAGCACACCUCAGCCAGUGUCUGGUGUACACGGUAGGUGCUCAAUAAAAACGUGUUCACUGAAUGAA